UUUAAAAGCAACCGGUUGUAUUUCGUAAAUAAAAUUUCAACAAGCUGUACGCAGGUGUAUUGGUUGCCAUUAUAAAUAGUUGUAUAUAACGGAGCAGUACCUUGAGUUACCAUGAGGGAUUAUUUAUGUACCAAUUUGAAUUCCCAAAUGAAUGCACAGUCGCUAACAAUGGUAUCCACAAAUGGAUAUUAUGGAUAUCAACCUGUAAUAAAUCCACCAGAUAACAGAGUCAACGAAUACCAAAAUCAAAUGGAAGUGGAUAGCCACAAUUUCUGUGAAAAUGUGUAUAUGGAUACGAAUAUCCAACCGUUUAGUCGAAAACGACAGAAUCCCGAUCCAAUAGAUGUACAAACAUUCAAAAAAAGGCGCCAAAACGGUAAUUUCCAACCUGUUGAGUCUUCAAAACCAAAAUUUGGAAGAAAACCCACUCAUAAUUUACCUGAUAUACCUCGUAGUGUAUUUAGUCAUUUUUAAUUCCUUCGAAUAUUGUAUUCUUUAUUGGAUAGUUAUCUAUAUUUGUUUGAAAAACUAAUAUAGUAGAUAAGGGUAUUUCUGAAAGCAGGGUAGUUUUAAUUUCUAACAAUUGAUUUUUCGAUUAUAUGAAUCAGAAAUAUUUGAAAGGAUAUGUAUUAUACUUAAACUACUAAUUUCUAUUAUCAUUAACAUGAUUUUGUUUUCUACCUCAUCAUAAAUAAUUCUUUCUACGAUUUAUUGAAUUGUGUGAAGAAAACAUUAAGAUCUAUUGUAAAUGUUUAUAACCUGAAUGUAGAAUAAGAAUUAUGUUUAUUUAAAAAAGUAGUAUAGAAAUGAACAUGAAGUACAAAGUAAAACAGCUUUACGGGUAAACAAAAAGGUGCUUUGCUAUUUGAUAAUUUAUAUUGCAUAGAAAAAAAUUGGUUAGCAACACAAAAGAUUUUUAUACUAUUUUUUUCUCGCAGAAUAUAUACCUGCGUUCACUCAAAACAAAGAAAAUGUAUCUAAUAAGGAGAAAAUAUCAGCAGAAGAAUUGUUAGCUCAAACUCAUGGCGGCAGUUUACAUCAUUGGAAACGGGAAAACGAUUUGUAAAUGAAACAUUUGUGUACUUAAAUCGAAUAAAGCAACUUUGUGAUUAAUUCAAAUCAGUGAGAAUAAUUUAUAAGAGUCAUUUUAAUUAGUAUGUCUUUUCAGUAAAAAAUCUUUUUGUAAAAAAUAAAAUUUAUAAUAUUAAUAUGUAAGAAAUAAACAACUUUGAAAGGAAAA